AUGGCAGGAAGAGCCAUGAUCAGGCCUGUCACGGCAUCAGCCAAGUCGUUGCUAUCAGCCAAGACGGUUGCCACUCGACAGACGGGCGCACACUUGAGCACCCUCUCACCCUCGACUUCUUCAGUGCUCGUGCGCUCCAGACGAUCUGCUCAACCCUCCUCGACGUCAGGUCUAUCGAGUGCGAGGAGGAGCUACCACGCCAAGGUGCUCGAUCACUACGAGCGACCUCGUAAUGUCGGCUCGAUGGACAAGAAGGAUAUCAACGUCGGUACGGGACUGGUCGGCGCACCAGCAUGUGGUGACGUGAUGAAGCUUCAAAUCCGAGUCGACGAUCAAGGAGUCAUCUCAGACGUCAAGUUCAAGACCUUUGGUUGCGGAUCCGCCAUCGCCUCAUCGUCGUACAUGACCGAGCGCGUCAAGGGCAUGACGCUCGAGGAAGCCGGCAAGAUCAAGAACACCGAGAUCGCAAAGGAGCUCAGUCUCCCGCCCGUCAAGCUACAUUGCUCCAUGUUGGCAGAAGAUGCGAUCAAGGCCGCCAUCCGUGAUUUCAAUGAGAAGCGCAAGCAAGGUCACGCCUCAAAGGGCGGCUUCAUCGAUGUCUCCCAGAGCACCGCAACUGGCGAGACGGUCGCAACUGCUCACCCUACCGCUGCAUAAGCUCCCACGACACCUCUGCCUUGCUGUUUUUUCUGCAUAUUGUGCCCAUUGUAUACUGUUUUGCGCGCUAUGGAGUUGCAUGCAUUGCAAUCAACAACAGGACUUUGCAAGGGCUCUCUAUUGGGUCGUCAAGGGCCGCGCAUAGGCUGCUUUGACGGGAGCAGGCCUCCGAGCUAGCCACUGACGUGCGGCUUUGCCCGGUCUGCGCAAGCUGGCACCGGCAGCAAUGCACAGCGAGAGCAGGACAAGACUGCCG